AUGGCCAAGAUGGAGGUAAAGGGAAGAGGCGGGCGUCCAACAGGAAGCGGCUCUUUUAUAGGGAGGAGCUGCUGGGCCUGCAGCUCCCCCGUGUGGUCCUCCUCUGUGCUCCACCUCCAACAGACAGACAACAUUAGUGUGGGAUGUCACAUUCCCCCCCAUAAAAGACAGGUUCCCCCAGGAAUCCUGGCCAAGAACACAGCGGACCUCAUCAUCUUCCGUGGCCCCGGGACAGGGAAACCUCCACCGUGCCGUCCCGGCGUGGCUUAG